AAAGGAAGACGGGACAAUCUAUUCGUGUGUGUUUCGACACCGGAUCGCGAGCAGAAAGAUGCUGGCCUGCACAGAGCUGAUCACCAUGUGUCUUCAGUCCGCCAAGCACGAGCACCUGAGGAAGCUGCAGGAGCGUGACCACAACCUGAAUCAAGGCGUCCCUUUAUUUCAGGACAUUUUCCGCCGAGCAGACAAAAAUGACGACGGGAAGCUGUCCCUGGAGGAGUUCCAGUCCUACUUCACUGACGGCAUCCUCACUGAUGGCCAGAUGCAGGAGCUCUAUUACUCCAUCGACCGGCAGCAGACAGACAGCAACCUGGACAUAGACAAACUUUCAGAGUACUUCACCCCACAUCUGGGAGAAUACGUCAACGUCCUGUCCGCCCUGGAAAAGCUGAACGUGGCCAUUUUGAAGGCCAUGGACAAAACUAAAGAGGAAUACCAAGGUUCGUCCGUGCUGGGUCAGUUCGUGACUCGCUUCCUGCUGCGGGAAACCUCCACCCAGCUGCAGUCCCUGCAGUCGUCGCUGGACUGCGCCAUGGAGGCCGUCCACGACCACGGCUGCACGGGCCGGAGGGUCCCGAAGAAGCCCGAGGACCUGCCCAUCCAGAGGGCGGCCAAGCGGCCCGGCCGCCGCAUCCAGAAGAACAUGUGUCUCUCCCCGACCGACCCGUACUCCGGCAUGCUCACCACGGGGGUCAGCGUGGAGCCGGACAACCACUGGGGCUCUCAGAUCAACCAGCUGGAGGAGCUCAUCGACAAGCUGGAGUGUGAGAGCCCACAUCUUGAACCUCUCAAAGAAGACACACUGGCAGGGACGUAUAAAUCAAACAUCCUCCUGGUCCAGAGACAGAUGUCCGUGAAGGAGAGGGAUGUGGAGCAGUUCCAGCAAGCUCUGAAAAUCUACACAGAUGCCACCAGCAGCCAGCUAAACAACCUGCACGUUUCGGUCCAGAACCUGCCAGACAGAUCAUGCUUCAUCAUGUACGAGUUUUGGCAGGAUCGUCUCUCCUGGAUGAGCUACCUGCAGUCGUCCAUCAGUAAGACCUUCCAGCGCUGCGUUAUCGAGUCACUGGAAGAGCCAGAAAUCGUCUCCACCAUGCUCCUCCCAGCCUCUUGGUGGAUCAUGAACAACAACUGACCGGGCGAAGCUGCUGCCCAAAGCGGGAGAAGCAAGCGGUUGUAAUGUCGCUUCAUUUUGUAUUUUCGUUCUUUGAUAUUAAAUUUAUCCUUACGGCAUGACCAGGAUUGUUUUUUGCAAAGCUUCAGGAUUAAAAAAAAAAAAAAAAAAAAGAUAUAUCCUGACAAACCAGUGGAAACGCACUGAAACCUUGGAUGGGGCUGACCGCAGUCCGAUCGGGAUCUGUGCCCGCUUUCUUUUUCCAGUCUGGGCACAUCUUCUGCUUCUGAUGCGACGGAGACGUUCGAUAUAGUGACUGAAAGAAGAAAAAAAAAAAUGAUGUGCAUGAUUUCUUAUUUCUCAGUGCUAGUUUGUUUCACUCAAAAGCUGCAUCUUAGAGUAGAUAUACUGUCAACAACGCCACAGCAAAACAGAUAAACAACAGCCGGCCCGUCCGUCCGUCACCUGUUCCUCCGUACGGGCAGGAACAGAAGCGGCCGGCUCGCCUCUCCUCUCGUUCGUCUCUGUGGUUUCGUGCUUUGUCGUCUUCUUCAAAGCUUCGCUACUUUUUGCUGAGGGGUUAGAAAGCCAUUGAAUAGAGCCUAGUUAAUGAACGACGGUGGUUUGUAUGAAAACUUUUCUCAUCCGUGCCACUCCCGCACUUUAGAAAGAAAAA